AGUAGUAGUAGUAAUAGGAGUAUAAAAUAAAUCUGAAUAAAUAAGAGAAGCCUGAUUCAAGAAACACAUGUGAAAAGUUAUCUCUAUCUUGCGGGGUAUAGGUGUAUAAUAAUAAUAAUAAUAAUAAUAAUUAAACUAUAACAUAUUAAAUUAUCAGAAUAUUAUUACUUAUGCAUUAAUAUGAAAGAAGAAUUGUAAUGUUAUACUAUACUAUACUACUUUGAAGUAGGUUACUUGUUUACACUGGUCGGCAGUUUAGUGUAUAAGAAUGUAUGAAUUAUGAUAUAGCCUAUUAUAUAUUAUGGAGACUCAAAAUAGUCUCUAGCGUCAGAUAAAUGUAUAGAAACAGAAAGUAGGCUAAAUGAUUUGUCUCUGAACUGUAGUGAGGUAGAAGUAUCUAUCUUAAAAUAGCAUGAAAGUGUAAUACUCAAAGUAGAAUACUUGGGACAAACAAAUCCAACCCAGCUAUUGGUCUGACUCUUAUUGCGUAGACUACUAUCCGAACCAUCACACAAUUUUGUUUUAAAUAACUUUAAUAUCGACUAUCAACAAGUAUCUGCCUCCUCCUGCUCCGUUAUGCCAAACCAGGAGGACCUGGUGCUGAGGAACUGUGACUGUAAAACUUUGCCAAAGCCAAUAGGACACGAGGGGUGGAGAGAUGCGAGUAAAGAGAAAUGUUAAUGUACUCAAAAGAAAAUAGAGGCUGACCAGUCAGUCACACGUUGUCUGGCUGUGGAGGAGGACGCGGAGAGGAAUACUUCAAGACAAGAAGUUUGGGAUUUUACUUGACUUCCUCCAGAGCCGUGCGCAUUUACGCAUUUGGAGAGUUCUAGCAACUUUUUACCCGCCAAGAAUGACAGAAGAGAGCAAGUCCUUGCUAGACCAUCCUGUGAGUCCAGCAGCAGGCAGCGACAGCUCCACGUCCCAGCAGCAUGGAUCGGACUCAGAGUCUCCGACCUCUCCAGCUCUCCAGCCCGGGAUUACGCACAACAAACCGGAGGAGGCUGAGCGCUUCCCAGCCUGCAUCCGAGACGCGGUGUCGCAGGUGCUGAAAGGUUACGACUGGUCGCUGGUACCGAUGCCCGCUCAUGGAGAGAGAGGGCUGAAGAACAAGCCUCACGUGAAGCGGCCGAUGAACGCCUUCAUGGUUUGGGCGCAGGCUGCGAGGAAGAAGCUGGCGGAUCAGUAUCCUCAUCUGCACAACGCCGAGCUCAGCAAGACGCUGGGCAAACUGUGGAGACUUCUCUCUGAAACAGAGAAGCGUCCCUUCGUCGAGGAGGCCGAGAGGCUGAGGAUGCAGCACAAGAAAGACUAUCCGGACUACAAGUACCAGCCUCGGAGACGCAAGAGCACCAAACCGGGACACGGGGACUGUAGACCCGGACUGGUCCCGCAGCAGCAGCAGGGCUUGUUUAAGACAGAGCCAGGGGUGGCCAGGCUGGCGGGUACGGGGGAAGUGCACCAUCAUUACCAUCCAGACAGGACGGGUCAGUCUCAUGGACCUCCAACACCUCCCACUACCCCUAAAACUGACCUCCACAUGGGGAACAAACACGAGGGCCAGCGGCCUGCGGACAGCAGCACCGGCUCCGUUCCCCCCACCGGCCGCCAGAACAUCGACUUCAGUAAUGUGGACAUCUCAGAGCUCAGCACCGACGUCAUCGGCACCAUCGAUGGGUUCGACGUCCACGAGUUCGACCAGUACCUCCCUCCCAACAGCCAUGCCUCCACUCUCCUAACCCCGCCGGAUAGCAGCCACGGACAUAGCAACCCUCCUGGAUCCUUCAUCCUGCCCGGCAUCCACUCUCACUCCCACACUUGGACACCCAAAAGUGGGGCCACCGGAACGCCACCGUCGUCUUCCAGUCGUGACACACACAGGCUCCACAUCGAGGACACCGCCAGACAAAAACCUCAGAUUAAAACUGAGCAGAUGAGCCCGGGUCACUACAGCAGCUCCUCCUCCUCCACUCCACCACCGCCACAACCUGAAUACACCUCCACUUCUUCCACAUCCUCCACCAACCAAUCUGACUACGCUGACCUCCAAAGCUCUAGUUUCUACAGCGCCUUCUCCGGGUACCCUACCAGUCUGUAUCAGUACCCGUACCUUCACUCCUCUCGCAGGCCUUACGCCGCACCUCUCAUCAACAGCCUGGCCUUGGCACCACCUCCACACAGCCCUCCCUCUGGCUGGGAGCAGCCCAUCUACACAACACUCACCAGGCCGUGAAGAUGGAGGAAACACUACUCAGAUUGGGACAGAACAGUGGCCUGCUUUAAUGACUUCUAAAACAAUGUCUAGAGAUUAAUCCCUAAGGCUUUGACCAGUAUGGAUUUCUGAAAGACAGUGCUGAUAUCUGUUCAUAUUGUGCGUCAAUAUAUUGUCACAUUUGUUCAUUUUCAUAGAAAAAAAAAACAUAAGAUUACCAAAGAUUCAGGUUUUUUUUUCUCUUUUCUGACUGAAAAGGACUGAGGCAUGACAUUUAAACCUGUAUUGGACUAAAACACUCCAUUUAAACUCCUCACUAAUGACAUUUUGGUAUGUAGCACCUAUUUAAGACAGGGAGUCUCAGGUUUAAUAGCAGUUUUUCCACUUAGAGAGUAAAAUCUUUACCCUCACCUUCACAUCAAUGGGUUCCAAAGUCUACUGUGUUACAUUUUGAUUAAAUCUGAUGGUAUUUUUUUUUCUUUUUUCUUUUAUAGGCCAUAAUUAUGUAAAGGGUCUGCGUUAUUCUGUAAGGAUGUUUCAGCCAACAAGAAAGUGUUGUCCUUUGAGCCAUAUACACGUAGGGACUGAGAGAUUGUACCUUUGUCUUUUGUCUUAUCUAAUUAAUGUAGGGUAUCAGUGUAGACUCUGUAUAACAAGCAAUAAGAACGAAAAUACAAGACCUGCUUAACUUGAUAUGACAAAAAAAGUCCCCAGCAACCUGAUAAAGGCCUUUCCACACCAGGGGCAUUUUUAUGUGCAAUUGAUUCGCACGUCAAAUAUUUUUUUCGAACAGACUUUGUUAUUACACAGCGAAAAUACAACAUAAUUAAAAAAAAACAAGGGGAAUUGUUCGGAUAUUUCGCACCGCAAAUAAAGGCAUCAACCAAUCACGUUGUGCGGAACGGGUUGAGUGACGCCUAUAUUUAUGAAACAACAACACGGAGGCUCUGUAGUCCGAACCAGGACGGCAAACUUCAUUACUCCUUUCAACCUUCACAAUAAAAGCCCUAGAUAUAUAAUAUUUGCAGGCGAGUAUUUCACAUUUUUGUGGCGUUUAUUUGUCACCGAAAACAUUGAAAACAGCUGCCUGCUGCGGCCGAAACGACGCGGUGAGAGUGAACCAAAAACAGGAACAAUGCGGGCCGGACAGCUUAACGAUGAGCU